AUGAAUCUACUCAUCUUCGGAGAUCAGACCGCCGACCAAUAUGCGCUUCUGCGGAAGGCGUGUACAUGGAAGAACAACUCAACACUCACGACAUUCCUCGAAAGGAUCAGCGUCAUCAUUAGGGAAGAAGUUCAGAGGCUCCCGCGGACACAGCGACACCUAUUCCCGAACUUCCUUAGCACUUGGGAUCUUAUCGAGGCAUAUUAUGCAAAGGGAUCCAAGGUUCCCCAAUUGGAAAGUUGUAUGGUGACAAUAGCACAACUAGCACACUACAUUGGAUACUACGCAGAGAACCCAUCAGAACUGCCAAACCCUGCAAACACCAGAGUGAUCGGUCUUUGCACUGGUUUGCUCGCAGGAUCUGUAGUUGCGUCUGCACGGUCUUUGAGUGAGCUAUUGCCUCUCGCUACUGAAGCUGUGCGAAUUGCUUUCCGUGCAGGUACCUGUGUCGGGGCAGCGAAAGACGCAUUAGAGCAAGCAUAUGAUGCUAGGGAGAGUUGGUCCACGAUUGUAACCAGUAUCUCCGAGGACGCUGCACAGAGCGCUCUCGACGCAUUUCACAAUGAGCGACAAAUACCAGCUGCGGCGCAUGCUUACAUCAGCGCUGUUAGCGUUAUGGCUCUGACGAUCAGUGGUCCACCAUCCACGACAAAACGCCUAUUUUCCGAGAGUAACGAGUUCAAGAACAACACUCGCGUACCGAUUCCUGUCUUCGCACCAUAUCACGCCUCUCACAUCCAUAGCCAAGCCGACAUCGACCGUAUUUUGGACAAGGAUGCCGUACGGCACUUGCAGCAAUUCCGCCCUCUAGCCCUGGUACACUCUGCGACGCACGGAAAAUGCCAGACUGCAACCACCACUCUUGAGCUGAUGAGGAUCGCUCUGAGCGAGAUUCUGCUUGAUCAAGUACGAUGGGACAGCCUUCUCGGGGAGGUCGUUUCACAAGUGAGCGCUUCAGGCAGCGCAGAGUGCACAGUGUCUGCUAUCGGCGUUACCAACGUCGCGAAUAGCCUUGCUUCAGCCCUCAAAGCCGGUGGUCAAUCCUCGAUUUUGGUCCGCGACCACACCUCGUGGGUUUCCACAACCGAUGACAGUCGUGGCCGCACUCAGAGUGACAAGAUCGCCAUCGUUGGCAUGUCUGGUCGGUUCCCAAGUGCUGCCACUCCCGAAAAACUUUGGGAACUACUUGAGAAAGGGUUGGAUGUCCAUCGAGAAGUUCCACCAGAUCGAUUCGAUGCUCAGGCCCAUUGCGAUCCUUCCGGCAAGGGAAAGAACAAGAGCCACACACCCUAUGGCUGCUUUAUCGACGAGCCUGGUCUAUUCGAUCCCCGCUUCUUCAACAUGUCGCCGCGUGAGGCCGCUCAAACUGACCCUAUGGGCCGUUUGGCCCUGACGACCGCCUACGAGGCUCUAGAAAUGUCUGGAUACGUUCCCAACCGCACGCCUUCGACCAACCUUCAACGCAUCGGAACCUUUUAUGGUCAAACCUCUGAUGACUGGCGUGAAAUAAACGCCGCGGAGAACAUCGACACCUACUUUAUUACGGGCGGUGUACGCGCAUUCGCGCCGGGCCGGAUAAACUACUACUUCAAGUUUUCCGGCCCGUCCUACAGCAUCGACACUGCGUGCUCGUCUUCCCUGGCUGCCAUUCAGUUGGCCUGCACAUCGCUCUGGGCAGGAGACUGCGAUACGGCUUGCGCUGGUGGUCUGAACGUGCUAACCAACCCGGACAUUUUUUCCGGCCUCAGCAAAGGCCAAUUUUUGUCCAAGACUGGCAGUUGCAAGACAUACGACAACGAUGCGGAUGGUUACUGCCGUGGAGAUGGCUGUGGCACAGUCGUGCUCAAGCGCUACGAGGACGCAAUCGCAGACAAGGACAACAUCCUCGGAUGUAUCCUCGGUGCUGCCACCAACCACAGCGCAGAAGCUGUUUCGAUCACGCAUCCUCAUGCCGGUGCACAGGAGUUCCUCUACAACAAAGUCCUCUCCAAUGCUGGUGUAGAUGCUCAUGACAUCAGCUACGUUGAGAUGCACGGCACUGGUACUCAAGCUGGUGAUGGUAUUGAGAUGACCUCUGUUACCAACGCCUUUGCCCCGCGCCAUCGCCAGCGACGUCCAGACCAAACGCUUCAUCUUGGUGCUAUCAAGGCCAAUAUUGGACACGGCGAAGCUGCUUCCGGUAUCAACUCCCUUGUCAAGGUCUUGAUGAUGAUGAAGAAGAACUCCAUCCCCGCCAAUGUUGGCAUCAAAGGUGUCAUGAACAAGACCUUUCCUAAAGAUCUACUCCAGCGCAAUGUCCACAUUGAGACAACACAGGUCGCAUGGCCUCGCAAGGGUGCUGAGAAACGCAAGAUCUUCUUGAACAAUUUCUCUGCCGCCGGUGGCAACACUGCUAUCAUCCUCGAGGAUGGGCCAUUACCUGACGCUCCCAAGGGCAUCGACCCUCGCAGCAUGCACACAGUGACCGUUAGCGCUAGGUCUAUCGCCUCGCUAAAGAAGAACAUUAGCAACCUCAUGCAGUUCAUCGACGAGAACCCAGCAACCACCCUGCCCAGCUUGGCCUACACCACUACUGCCCGUCGCAUCCAACACAACUAUCGAGUUGCUGUCUGUGUGUCUGACAUUAACAACGUAAAGGAUGCCCUGCAGGCUCAGCUAAAAGAUAGUUACAGUCCUCUGCCAAUGGUUCCUACCAAGACAGCGUUUACAUUCACUGGUCAAGGCUCGCAGUAUACUGGGCUCGGCCAAAAGUUGUACGAAGAGCUAGACACUUUCAAGGCCGACAUUGAUCAGCUCGAUAAUUUCGCGCGCCUGCACUCCCUUCCAUCAUUCCUCCCUCUCUUGACUGGUGCUGAUGUCGCCACUCUGUCUCCAGUGGUCGUGCAGCUCGGCAUGGCUUGUAUUCAGGUUGCUCUUGCCCGCAUGUGGGCAUCGUGGGGAGUCACACCAACCGCGGUCAUCGGUCACAGUCUCGGCGAGUAUGCUGCUUUGCACGUUGCUGGCGUCAUCUCUGCCAGCGAUAUGGUCCUUUUGGUCGGUCGCCGCGCUCAGAUCCUCGAAGAGCAGUGUACCGCCAACACUCAUGGCAUGCUUGCUAUCAAGGGCAGCGCUGAGUCUAUCAAGGCUGCACUUGGCGAUAAAAUGACCGAGAUCGCUUGCAUGAACGGUCCUGAAGAGACCGUUCUCUGUGGUGCUGUAGAUGUUGUUGCAUCUACUAGCGAGCUUCUCUCGGCAGAGGGCUUCAAAGCUACAAAGUUGAACGUGCCGUUCGCGUUCCACUCUGCUCAGGUCGAGCCCAUACUCGAGAAGUUCAGAGAUGCCGUCGCCUCUGUCAUCUUCAACAAGCCCGUGGUACCAGUCAUGUCACCCCUUACUGGCCAGGUCAUCCGUGAGGCCGGCAUCAUCGGCCCCGACUACCUUGCCCGUCACGCUCGUGAGACAGUAAACUUCUUGGCUGCUCUCGAAACCGGCCAGCAAGAGAAGCUAUUCGAUGCGAAGACUGCAUGGCUCGAAGUCGGUGCUCACCCCGUCUGCAGCGGCAUGGUCAAGUCUAGCCUCGGUGGUGCGCCUUGCACUGUUGGCUCCCUCCGCCGCAACGAGGAUCCGUGGAAGACACUUUCCAACAGCAUUGCCACUCUCUAUCUUGCUGGUGUCUACCUCGACUUCGACGAGUACCACAGGCUUUUCAACGACGCGCACGAGAUGUACACUCUGCCGACUUAUGCCUUUGACAGCAAGAAGUACUGGCUCGACUACCACAACAACUGGACUCUUACCAAGGGUGAAGCAUUGCAAGCCGCAGAGCCAAAGGCCAUCGAGGCGGCGCCAGUUGAGGAGGCUCCUUCCAAGUUAUCCACUACUUCUUGCCAUAAGAUUGUGCGAGAGGACCUCCAUGCCAACUCUGGUACCGUCGUCGUACAAUCCGACCUUUCCGAUCCGAAGUUGAAGGCUACCAUCACUGGUCACAAAGUGAACGGAACCCCGCUCACUCCAUCGUCUCUCUACGCCGAUCAGGCAAUGACUGUUGCCGAUUACCUUUACCAGCAGCUACGGCCUGGUAUGACGACUCCCGGUCUUAAUGUUUGCGCCAUGGAGGUUACCAAGACCUUGAUUCCUCAAUAUCCUCCUCCUGCCGCCGGCCAGCAUUUGCAGAUUGAGGGUAACGCGGAUCUUGAGCUCAAUCAAGUGAGCAUAAAGUUCCGCACUGUAACGGCGGAUGGCUCUAAGGUCCUGGUCGAGCAUGCAGUCGGUGUUGUCAAGUACGAAGACAUGAACAUCUGGAAGGAGGAAUGGUCCCGCAUCCAGUAUAUGGUGCAGGCUCAGGUCGACUUGCUCAAACAGAAGCUCGAGACUGGUGCCGCCCACAAGGUCCUCCGCGGCAUGGCCUACAAGCUGUUCAAAGCUCUCGUCACAUAUGCCGACAACUAUCGCGGUAUGGAAGAGGUCAUCUUGGAUGGCAAGCAGACCGAGGCUACCGCUCAGGUCCAGUUCCAGACCACCGCUGCCGAUGGAGAAUUUCUCUGCUCGCCAUACUGGAUCGAUAGUUUGGCUCAUCUUUCGGGCUUUAUUGUCAACGCUUCUGAUCACCUCGAUUCCGAGAAUUCCGUCUACAUUUCUCAUGGAUGGGGAUCUAUUAAGAUCGCUGGGAAGCUAUCGCCCGAGAAGAAGUACCGCUCCUAUGUCCGCAUGCAGCCUGCUCCAGGUAACAUCUCCAUUGGUGAUGUGUACAUCAUGGAAGGCAAUGAGAUCAUUGGCAUGGUCAUGGGCCUCAAAUUCCAGAACAUCCCUCGCCGCGCUCUCAACAUAAUGAUGCCUCCUGCUGGCAAAACUGCCGCUGGCCCCGCCCUGACGUCUGCUGCUAAGCCUGCGCCCGCUAAGGCGUUACCCGCUGCGCCCGUCAAGGCGUCAAAGCCAGCAGCUAAGGUCCUGGUCAAGCCUAACAAGGCAGCAAAGCUUGUCAAGGCGGUCAGCACUGGUGUCACAGCUAAGGUGAUGAAGAUCAUUGCUGAGGAGACUGAUGUCGACAUGUCUGAACUCGUCGAGGACGCUGCUUUCGAGAACCUCGGUGUUGACUCUCUGCUCUCGCUUACCAUCUCCGCCAGAUUCCGCGAAGAGCUUGAGCUAGAAAUCCCCUCUUCCCUGUUCACCGAUUGCGCCACUGUUGGUGAGUUGAAAAAGCAUUUUGCGCAGUAUAACGGUGGCGUCACCAUCGUCGAUGAUGACGGCUCGUCUGAUACUACCGAUGAGCCUUCCGAUUCUUCUACACCCUAUGGGCCUGCUACCACUAGCACUCCGCUUAGCUCGGCUCCUAGCAUCGCCGAUAACGAUAUCGAAGUCAAGGUUUCCAGCGAAAUUGUCGAGGGGGAAAUCAGCAUCGCUCGCAAGCUCGUUGCCGAUGAAAUGGGCGUCGACGUCUCCGAGAUCACGGAUGACCUCGACCUCACUGACAUUGGUAUGGACUCCUUGAUGAGUUUGACUAUCUUGGGGUCCAUGCGCGAGCAGACUGGCCGAGACCUUCCUGCUGACUUUCUCACCGUCAACGUCACUAUCAAAGACAUUGAGACUGCUCUUGGUAUGCGCCCCCAGCCCAAGCAGCAGGUCAAGGUCUCGGCGAAGGUAGCUCCUAGCAUUUCGUCCAAACCCCCUCAACUCGCCGAGGUGAACAAGAAGCUCGCCAAGGUGAACAAGAAGUUCGCCAAGGUCAUCGAUGUCUCUCACUUGCCUCCUUCCAGCUCGGUUCUGCUCCAGGGUAACCCCAAGGUUGCUACUAAGAAGUUCUUCCUUGUCCCCGAUGGCUCUGGUAGCGCGACCUCGUACAUCUCCAUCCCCAAUAUUUCUCCUGACAUGGCUGUGUAUGGACUUAACUGCCCGUUCAUGAAGUGCCCAGAGAAGUGGAACUGCGGUGUCGAGGGUGUGUCUGCCCUCUAUCUCCAAGAAAUCAAGCGACGUCAACCCAAAGGCCCCUACAUCAUCGGCGGUUGGUCAGCUGGCGGCGUCAUGGCUUACGAAGUCGCCCAACAGUUGGUAAACGCUGGGGAGAAGGUAGAGAGCCUCGUCCUGAUCGACUCACCAUGCCCUGUGGCUCUCGCGCCGCUCCCAGGACGUCUCCAUAUUUUCUUCGACCAGAUCGGUCUUCUUGGCACUGGCAAGCCAGGUGGCACACCGCCGUGGCUCCUACCCCACUUUGCUUCUGCUAUUAAGAACCUCAAAGACUACGAUCCGACUCCUAUGGAUCCGAAAAUCGCGCCACCUGUGCUUGCCAUCUGGUGCACGGAUGGCGUGUGUCCGAACCCUGGUGAUCCCCGUCCACCGCCAGGUGAGGGUGAAGACCCAGCGCCUAUGAAGUGGCUCCUUAACAACCGCACGGACUUUGACGACAACGGCUGGGCGCAGUUGUUGCCCAAGGACAACUUUGAGUAUGCUGUUAUGGGUGGAAAUCACUUCACGAUGAUGAAGGGUGAUCACGGUGUCACAUUGGGAAAGCUCAUCAAGAAGGGCCUCAAGCUAUGA